AAAUAAACGUAAUCUUAAACUAACAAAUAUGAAGCAACCGUUCACUGCUUCCUCUUCUUCUUCAUCUCUAAUCAGAAAGGCCCGUCUCUCUCCUUACCUCUUCACUUUAUUAGCCUUCAUUGUCUUUGUUGCCAUCCUUUACGGCGAGGACUUCGUGUGCCUCCUUGGCCAACUUGACCCCAACGUGGACCGGCUAGCAACCAUAACCGAGAAGAGGUGGGAGAAGCUACCUUUCUCAAUAGGGAAGACCCCAGAUGGUUGUGACUUGUUUAGUGGGAGAUGGGUGUGGGACGAUUCAACUCGGCCUCUUUACGAAGAAUCGGAGUGUCCGUACAUACAGCCACAGUUGACAUGUCAAGAGCAUGGCAGGCCUGAUAAGGAUUAUCAAUACUGGAGAUGGCAACCUCAUGGCUGUGAUCUUCCCAGUUUUAAUGCCACUUUGAUGCUUGAGACCUUACGAGGAAAAAGAAUGAUGUUUGUUGGCGAUUCCUUAAAUCGAGGUCAAUAUGUCUCCAUGGUCUGUCUUCUUCACAGACUCAUCCCUGAAGGCCAAAAAUCCAUGGAAACGUUCGAUUCUUUAACAGUCUUCACUGCCAAGGAAUACAAUGCAACAAUUGAGUUCUAUUGGGCACCAUUUCUCCUUGAAUCAAACUCGGAUAAUGCCAUCGUUCAUAGAAUAUCAGAUAGAAUUGUGAGGAAAGGUUCGAUCAAUAAACAUGGCAAAAAUUGGAAAGGCGUUGAUAUUAUUGUCUUCAAUACUUACCUAUGGUGGAUGACUGGCCUCAAGAUGAAAGUCUUGCACGGUUCUUUUGAAGAUGAAACGAAAGAUAUCAUAGAGCUGUCAACUGAGGAUGCCUAUCGUAUGGCAAUGAAAAGCAUGUUGAGAUGGGUGAGAAAGAAUAUGGACCGCAAGAAAACAAGGGUCUUUUUCACUAGCAUGUCACCUUCUCAUGGCAAGAGCAUAGAUUGGGGAGGCGAAGCGGGUCUUAACUGUUUCAAUGAAACGACUUUGAUAAACAAUGCCACGUACUGGGGAUCGGAUUGCAGGAAAAGCAUAAUGGAAGUAAUUGGAGAUGUGUUUAGGAAAUCAAAAUUCCCCAUCACAUUUCUUAACAUCACACAACUCUCAAAUUACCGCAAAGAUGCGCACACCUCAAUACACAAGAAGCAAUGGAAUCCCCUGACUCCUGAGCAAAUUGCUAAUCCUGUCAGCUAUGCAGAUUGUGUGCACUGGUGUUUGCCAGGCCUUCAAGACACCUGGAACGAACUCUUAUUUGCCAAGCUGUUCUAUCCUUAACAUCCACUGGCAAGUGAAACCUGUUGUUUUUUUCAAGUGGGAAUUGAUGUUGGUACAGAGGUGUGAUUUUCAUUGGAAAUUGUGGUGCAUGGGAAAAUGCGAACAGGAUGAGAAAAUUGUAAAGAGAUUAGAUGACCAUGUGUAAAAUACUGUUGCAGAAGAAAAUUCACGGGAAAAUUGAAUUGAUUUGUUCCGGUUGCAAAAUCAAA